CAUAAAGUAAAUUACUAAAUGGUACUUACCUAUCAUCCCGAUUCUGAGGUGGCUGAAGCAGGAUUCCAGCAUAAGGCUAACAUGGGAUAUAUUGAAACUCAAAUAUUUCUACUGCCGAUCUCUACUUCAGAUUCUACAAAAGAACCGCUGUCUCCUGCAGCUUCUAAAGCCCAGGAUUCUAGCCUUCUACCAAACAGACUCAUGAUUGAAAAACAGGAUCUGACUAUAUAGUCCAUUCUGGCUUUCAACUCAAUGUUUGCCUGCUUCUUGACUCCUGAGUGCUGGUAUCAAAGAUGUAUGCCACCAUGCACAGCAGUUGCAGGAGGAAGCAGAAUGGGAAAGUGUAAACGGGCUACUGCUGAAGCACGGCUUCACGCCUUUGAGUCUAGUCAAAGGAGCCGACCUCAGAGGUAACUACAUCCUGCUGACUUGUUAGAAUUCAUCGUUUUUGACAAACAGUCAUCACAAAGAAUGAGGCAGAUUUUGAAAACAUUGAUGGAAGAAACAACACGUCAGCAGAACAUGAUGCGGGAGCUCAUAAAGACAAACCAGCAGCUUAAAAGUGAACUUCAACUAGAACAGAACCGAGCAGUACACCAGGAACAGCGAGCCAAUGAUCUGCAGCAGAUUAUGGACAGUGUGAAAUCCAAAAUUGGUGAAUUGGAAGAUGAAUCCCUAAGCAGGGCUUGCCAGCAACAAAACAGAAUAAAAGACCUUCAAAAGGAAUAUAAAAUAUUACAGAUGAAAUGCCAGAAUUAUAAGAAAAACCGAAUGGAGCAAGAGGAGACCAUUGCUUCUUUGCAAAAGGAGAUCCACAGAUUUGUCAAAGAGGAGGAAGAGCGUGUCGUCACUCAAAACAGAGUGUUUGCCCAUCUCUGCAGAAGAGUUCCUCACUCAGUCUUGGAUAAACAAUUGCUUUGUCUAAUUGAUUACUAUGAAUGUAAACUUAGAAAACUUCAUAUACAAAGGCAGUGUGAGGAAGACGACAGUCAGUCAGAAGAAAAAGACAUAAACCUGGGUGCCUCGCCAAAUUAUAAAGGCGUUCUGAUGUCAUUACAGAAGCAACUUAAGGAAUCAAAAUCCAAGAUCGAUGUGCUGAUAGGUGAAAAGCUGAGCCUCCAGAAAGAUCUGGAAAACAGGCCCACAGAACACGAAUUAAGACUUUAUAAACAACAAGUGAAGAAACUGGAAAAAACCCUCAAGAAAAACAUUAAAUUACAAGAUGUUAUUGGUCAAAAAAAGUCUGAUGACAUGGAGAAAAAAGAUGAGCCCAGCAAAGACAGCCAUCAGCAGGCUCUGGUUGACCAGAGAUACUUUCAGGUCCUGUGCCGCAUCAAUUCAGUUGUUCACAAUCCACGAGCUCCAGCAAUCAUUUAUAAACAGAGCAAAGGAGGAGCCCAAAACUGCAAUAAAGACAGUGUUCAAGAUUGUGGAUUUGAACAUCUUGUUCCUGUAAUAGAAAUGUGGGCAGAUGAACUGACAUCCUUAAAGGAUUUGUAUAAGUCCUUGAAAAUACUGUCUGCAGAACUGGUACCUUGGCAUAGUUUAAAGAAACUGGAUGAAAAUGAAGGCAUCAAAGUAGGAGAUCUGUUGUUUAUGGUAGAUACCAUGUUGGAAGAAGUUGAAAACCAGAAAGAGACCAGCAACAUGCCAAACCCUCAAACUCUGCAAGCUAUUGUUUCUCACUUCCAAAAGCUGUUUGAUGUGCAGUCUUUAAGUGGAGUCUAUCCCCGAAUGAAUGAAGUGUAUACCAGGCUUGGAGAAAUGAACAACGCUGUAAGAAACCUUCAGGAGCUCUUAGAAUUAGACAGUUCAUCGUCAUUGUGUGUGGUGGUCAGCACAGUCGGGAAACUGUGUAAGAUAAUUAAUGAGAAUGUGAAUGAGCAGGUUAAACAAGUACUGGGACCUGAGGACCUACAAAGCAUUAUCAACAAAUUGGAAGAGCAUGAGGAAUUUUUCCCAGCAUUUCAAGCUUUUACUAAUGAUCUUCUUGAAAUCUUAGAAAUUGAUGACUUGGAUGCCAUUGUACCUGCAGUAAAGAAAUUAAAACUACUUUCAUACUGAAAACAAAUCACAUCAGUUUUACUGUGUAAAUUGUAUUCUUAACAUUUUAAGUAUUUCAAAGGUCUGAUCCUGAGACAAGGUCAUAAAAUGAAUCAGCUCUCAGAACUCAUCCUCUCACCAUGCGGUCAUUCUCAAUCCAUAGAAUUUUUAUUUUUGAUUAUUUAAUAAAAUGUAGCUGUUAAGUUAUUAAAAUAGUAAAUUAACUUUAGAUUCCUUAAUCAUUUCCUAAGCAAUGCUUGAGUGCUGUAAAAUGUAAGGAAGAGAUUGUGUGUAACAAAAGAGACUCACAGAGACAUUGCAAAUUAUAGAAAGUUGCAGUUAACUUCAAGGUUUAAUGACCCUUUGGUCAGGGAAAAAAGAAUGCCAAUUGCUUUGUAAGCCCAACCUGGGAAGCCUCUGUAUCCCAGGCAAGGAAUAAUGGGCAUAUCCUAUUAAGAUAAACUUAGAGCUGUUGACCUGUCAAAGCAAGAAGAAAAGAAAAGGUUUUGUUUUUGUAUUAAGAUAGGAAGUUAGUCAUGGAGUGAAAUAGAUGAUCGGGUAGAAGUGUUUCUGUGUCUUUAUUGCAAUAUUAUGUAAUGGAUUUUUAUAAAAAAAUGAGAUUACAAAUAACGUUUUUGUAAAGAGUUUCCAAAUGUAAGUCUCCUUAGUAACUUAUUUGUAUUGCUAACAAAAAAAUAAAAAUA